AUGACUACUACUACUGCUACUGCUACCACUCGACCCACGCCAUCAUCUGCGCCAGUUGAAAAGGUAGAUGUGUCUGCGAAGCGGAAUCCACAGAUGAAAUACCCGGUCGAACUUUUGCUCACUAUGCAAGCCAAGGCAGACAGGACUCGGCAGGCGGUGCUGAAGGCUACCGCUCCGGAAGACCAGAACAAAUAUGCAAUGCAGCACUACAUUGUCCCGUCUUUCCAAGAUAAAAAGGCUGUCUCCGAGCACCAAGCCGCUCAGGCUCGAAAGAUCGAACAGCGGGAGAAAGCCCGGGCUGCCAAAGACCAAGAGAGUGCCUUGUCUGCCAAAGAACAAGCUUCUCGCACGAGUGCGGAAGUAUUGCAGCGACAAGUUGCAUUCCUUGCAAGAGCCAGAGCCGCUCAGGCGCUAACGGCUGCUGCUCGUGCUGGAACGGCGCAAAUGUCAGAUUCUGAAGCUACCUCGGUGGAGACCUCAGAAAGUGCCAUUUCACACACCAAGCCUACGCUUUCUCAGAAAGACAAUUUCACUAGGCCAGGUUCGAGCGGACGUCUUCUUGAUUUUGAAGAAGAACCACUCCCUCAAAGUGAAUCGGCAGAGUAUGUUCUCAGCCCUGCGCUGGUGGAUUUGACAGGGCUUGACUUUCCCCGAACCCUCCUUCAUAAUACAGCGGAGAAGGAAACCUCCAUUUCUGCAACACCUUCCGUCUCUAGCGAAGACAUUGAGCAGCAGCCUCUCUCUGAAAGCAUUCAGGAUAUCAAAAGAAUGCUCGAUCCGAGGUUGGUUGCGAUGUCGAAACUGGUUGACGAGUUCCUGAAACAAAUGAAUGACUACAGAAGAGAAUUUGAAUCACAUGUCACGAAGGCCCUCAGCUCAUCUGUGAAGUCUCAAUCGGCAUCGCAACGAGUCAUCGUGACACCUCAGGGAUCCUCUCCUUCUGUGAUCAUGCACACCGCGCCGGGCAGUCCAAUUCGAGCUCCAACAACACCCGGCAUGACCAGGACUGACGAGAUCACGAAGAUGCAGAAAUGGCUUUCCCAAUCUGGUGCUAUCUCUAGAGAUGCAGCAAUGAAUCAUCCAUCGUUCUCGCGGUAUCGGUCUCCGGUGCGUAUCCCAUCUUCUGGGUCAGACUCACCUCCCGAGGCACAGGAGUUACCAGGUACUCCUCCCAAAACUGCUUUCUCCGCAAAUAUACCACCCUUUGACACACUCCGAGUGUCUGAAUCGCCUGAUCGUGCGCCCCAUACUAUUGACCCGGUGAAGAAGUCUGGGCCAGAGCCUGCGGUGAAAGGACCUACGGUCUCGGAGACUGUGCCACCUGUUACGAGCCCAAAAACCAAGUCCCCCAGUGUUCAAAUGAAAAAGCGAGUCAAUUCGUUGAACAAAUCCAUAUACGCAACUCCUGGCGUUCCCAUGUACACCGGUCCUCCACUGUACACUGCAAUCAGUCAGCCAAUCGAUCGGCCACUUGGCCAAGUGACUGAAUUCGGUAAGACCAAGGUCCUCGGCGUUGCCCCGUUUAACCCUUCUGCCCGGGUUCCGUCGCUGCCUCAGCGCUCUCAGAAUAUUCCUGUUCGAGAUGUUCCAAUGCCAGAUGCUCCUGAGCAGGCGGAGCCGAACCAAAUCAGUGAUCGAACUAUUAGGCUCUCUCCACCUCCUUGCAUGGUCGGAACCGAGCAGCCAACCUCCGCAUCCUCAGGUGGUCUGUACCAGUCGAUGUCGAGCGUGCCACGCAAAGAGGAGAACAAGCCAUCCUGUGGACCUGCUGUGCUUGGUCCCAAGCCGUUCACAAUCCCUCUCGCGUCCUCCUCCGAUGGACUGUACCAGCCAAUGUCCAGCAUGCAACCCAAGGAGGGGAGCAAAUCAUCCUCUGAACCUACUGUACUUGGCCCCAAGCCAUUCACAAUCCCCCCUCGCAAGGAGUCGAAACUCGCUGUGUCGCGAAUUUUCCAGUAA